CAGUGAGUAGGGCGCAUGUGCUAUAGCGAGUACGGAAGUGGCGUUUGAAAGACUGCGUGGAAAGCUAAUUCAGGUGAUACAAGAGAUUUGAUUACAAAAAUGUUUUCUGAUCUGGACUAUGAACUGGAAGAAGAUAAUCUUGGAAUCCCAACAGUCCCUGGGUCGGUGAUUCUGAAGAAGGAUGCUCAUAAUGUGAUUGGAAUCAGUAUAGGUGGAGGAGCCCAGCACUGCCCCUGCCUUUAUAUAGUUCAGGUAUUCGAUAAUACACCCGCUGCUCUGGAUGGGACGAUUGCUGCUGGAGAUGAAAUUACAGGUGUGAAUGGGAAAUCAGUCAAAGGCAAAACCAAAGUGCAGGUGGCCAAAAUGAUUCAGACUGUAAAGGGGGAAGUAACCAUUAAUUACAACAAAUUACAAGCGGAUCCUAAGCAGGGAAAGUCUCUGGAUAUUGUAUUGAAGAAAGUUAAGCACAGACUUGUGGAGAACAUGAGCUCGGGCACAGCAGAUGCUCUUGGUUUAAGUAGAGCCAUCUUGUGUAAUGAUGGUUUGGUGAAAAAACUAGAAGAAUUGGAAAAAACUGCUGAAUUCUAUAGAGGUUUGAUGGAGCACAGCAAACGUUUGUUGAGAGCUUUCUUUGAACUUUCCCAGACACACAGAGCAUUCGGGGAUGUAUUCUCAGUGAUUGGUGUGAGGGAGCCUCAGCCAGCUGCAAGUGAGGCAUUUGUAAAGUUUGCUGAUGCACAUCGCAACAUUGAGAAGUUUGGAAUUGGUCUUUUAAAGACCAUAAAGCCGAUGCUGAGUGAUUUAAACACCUAUCUAAAUAAAGCGAUACCUGACACGAAGCUCACCAUCCGGAAAUACCUUGAUGUGAAGUUUGAAUAUCUGUCCUACUGCUUAAAGGUGAAGGAGAUGGAUGACGAGGAAUACAGUAGCAUAACACUGGGAGAACCUUUGUAUCGUGUCAGUACUGGUAAUUAUGAGUACCGACUUAUACUGCGAUGUCGUCAGGAAGCACGUUCACGUUUUGCAAAAAUGAGGAAAGAUGUCCUGGAAAAAAUUGAACUACUUGACCAGAAACAUGUUCAAGAUAUUGUGUUCCAGCUCCAGCGCUUCGUUUCUGCUAUGUCAAAAUAUGACGACCAAUGUUUUGCAGUUUUGAAAGAGGCAGAUAUUUUUCCUAUUGAAGUGGACUUAGCUCGCACUACCCUUGCUUAUGGCCAGAUUGAGGGCAUCUCUGACGACUUUGAGGAAGAAGAUGAACUAAAUAAGAGUACAAAGGAUGAGAAUGGAGAGAAGCUAAUCGAUGAACCAUAAAGAAAAAAAGACAGUAUGGACUCACUGCCUUGGCUCUAUGCCUUUCUUGUUUUUGUUACCCAUUUUGUAACACAUUUAUUACUGAGAAAAACAAUUAAUCUCGCUGCUGUAUUAUAAACUGUGCAAGGCUUUGCAGGUGUUUCCUGUAAAAAGUUCCACGUUGGUGCUUUGUAAUGCAUCCUUAGCGGGGAGCGUAAAUGUUUCAUCUCACUACAACUCCCCUUUAACUAUUUGUUUUGCAAAUAAACUCCUUCCUUAUUCCACACUCAGCAAUAAAUACUAUUAUUAGAAUCUUCAUAAAUUAUUAUUCAGUCACUGCACAUUUCAUCUUUGAUGCAUUUUGACCAUUAUAAAUAUACUUUAACAAUAGAAAUAAUUGUUCAUUAUAUUUUUUUGUUUCUGAACUGGGUAACAUUUUUCUUAGUGGCAACUGUGGUGAUAUAAUUUUCUAUUGAAUGUGUGUGCUAAAUAUGAAGGAUUUACUUGAUGUAUAUACUAACCAAUAAACUGAAUGCAACCAAA